GCGAGAGUGGAAGGUCGAGAAACGCACAUUCUCUCUCUCCUUUUCUUUGAGUUUAGUAACUGUGUGUGGCUAUAUAAAUUACACAACCAACUUAAAAUGAAGAAGAAUUCUUAAACAGCGUAAGAAAGUAUAUGAAUAACCUACACAGCAUAUAGUUAGUGUGGUUUGCAAUAAGUGUUAAUAUACGUGAACCACACAAAGUUCAUGACAUUAUAUAUAAAAUAAUCAUAUAUAAAGUACACAUUAACUACAUAAACUAUGAGUGGAGCAGUGGACCCCCAAAUGAUCAAGAAAACCCAAGAAGAACUCGGAAAAUAUGUUAAAAAACCUCCUCUCACAGAAAAGUUGCUGAAUAAACCUCCUUUUAGGUUCCUGCACGACGUUCUCAACGUUAUUGUGACAGAGACUGGCUUCCUCGCAGGCUUGUACACAGACGAGGAACUUAGUUCUGAUAACAUCAAAGACAAAGAUGCUAAGAUAGCCUUCCUUCAAAAGUCCAUAGAUGCAACAAGUUUUGCAACAGGAGAAACGAUUUCGGUGCGACCUAGCAAGAUUGUGUCCGGCCAUGAGGCAGACAAAACCAAUGCUUGGUUACAGGCUCUUGGGAGGGCGAUAUCACAAAAUGUUGACUCGUCCCAGGCAGUAGAACAGGUGCUUAGCGGAGCCAAGGCAGACAAACCCAAAAAAGUGGAUAAGAAGUCCGACAAGAAAUCCGACAAGGAGAAAUCUGACAGGAAGUCGGAUAAGUCUAAAAAAGAGGUAGCGCCAAACAAUCGCAGUCUCAAAGACAAAGACCCUAAACCAACCAGAAAUCCCAAACCAACCACCAAAGACCCCAAAAGCACCAAAGACCCCAAAACUCCCGCUGCUCGGGCCCCCAAAGCAAGCAAAGCCCCCGAGCCUAGCAAAGGCCAAAGAAAUGCCCCCAAUGGCCAGGCAGCAAAGCCAUCUCAAGACAGUGGCUCUCCGUCUAAGAGCUCCAGAAGCAAAGAUGACAAGGAGAAAUCCAGUAGAAAGAGCAAGGAUGAUAAAGAUGAGGCAAAGAAGAGCAGCAAGAGCAGUAAAGAGAAGAGUAGCAAGGAGGAAAAGGAUGAUAAAAGUAAAAGGAAGUCGAAAAGUGGAGAGGGAUCACCGGAGAAAGCAAGGUCCUCGAAGUCUAGAGCAUCAAGCAGAAUGGGCAGUGUGAAGGAGCUGGAAAAGGAGAAUUCUCCGCCACUCGAGAAAGCAGCGGACGAGGAGAUCAUUCCCAACGGACAUGUGGAGGAUGAACAAGUGCCUCCCCCAAGGCUAAAAUCAGCACGGCCACCGAGCGCACGCCCAAGUCUGCGCAAUGCAGCAGAUGAUAGUGCCAACAUGUCUGCAGGACCAGAGUCUCUCCUGCAAGUCGACGGUACUAUUCAGCCAGCAGAAGAGCCACCUAUUAUACCUGUGGGGGAGAACAAUAACAUUGACCCUGCAAUUCUCAAGGCAAUGGGAGAUCCUAAUAAUGACCCCAUGGCAAAUAUGGGCGAGGGACAGCUGACAGCUGAAGCACCAGACUCAGGCGUAGGUUCCUUAGAGUCGCCAAAACAUGGGCCAAAAGAGGCUGAACCCCCAGAUAGGUUGGCCUCCGCUAGGCCAGGACCUCAGCCCAUGAAAGCAAUCGAGAUGUUUGGUGGAAAUGAGGGUGCAAUCGAGGUCCCACCCCUUGUACCUCAAGUUCCUGUGGGCCAAGAAGACCCACCACAGACUGGAGAUGUAAGUAGAAGACCACGAACUGGUCGGCGUUCUGCUCGGCCUCCCAGUGCUCGACCAGCACCCCCUAAGGUGAGAGAGCGUCGAGAGAUCCCUAAAGAGGAGCUUCAGCGGCCCCCCACUAGCAAGCCGGUGGCCAAUGUGAUUCUAUCCUCCAAUGAUACAGGAAAUGAGGACGAAGAUGACAACUUUACUGUGGAAGAGUCAAAACCUAUGUUCGAGGAGGACCCGAUACCCCUGGACCCCAUGGGAGCCAGUGGGUCAGCAGUGGCAGCAGCAGCGGCAGCGGUUGGGGAAGAUGGAGAUGGAGCGGGUCUUUUAGUGGCACAGAUCCUGGAGUCAAAGAAAGAGCUUGAGGAUGGCAGACGUAAUGCUUAUUCUCCCGAGACGCCCGGUCAUAGACGAGUACAAAUUGAAAAGUCACAGUUGAGUGAUGCUAACCGAAGGAAAGAGAGGGAGAUCAUCCAAAAGGAUGUGCAGAAGCUGGUAGGCUCCAUCCAGUCAAUCACUAGAUCUGUUAAUCCCUUGGCAAAAAUGUUAGACUACCUACAAGAAGACUUAGAUUCAAUGCAGAAAGAGUUAGAAACUUGGAGAAAUGAGAACAAGCUGCUCGCUCAAACCCUCAAGCGAGAACAGAGUUUAACUGAUCAAGCACUUGAACCCCUGAAAAGUCAGUUGGCAGAACUAGAAACAGCAGUGCAGGAUCAGAGGGACAAACUUUCUGCUAUCAAAUCCAACAUCCUGCGCAACAAUGACAAGAUCUCACGCAUGAUGACAGGCAUUAACCAGAAUGUUUGAUCUUCGUGUUUACAGAAGGGUUUACUUUAGACUGUGUGUUGAAAGGAAUUUGGCUGGGGAGAGAGAAUGAACAAGAGAAGUAGAGAACAAGAGAACUAGUUAGGGGGGGGUAUUGAGAGAGAGAGAGAGAGAGAGAGAGAGAGAGAGAGAGAGAGAGAGAGAGAGAGAGAGAGAGAGAGAGAGAGAGAGAGAGAGAGAGAGAGAGAGAUAGAGAGAGAGAUUAAAAUCUCAAUCUGUUUACAUAUAUGUAAUUGAAUGGAAAGUCAUUACUUCAAUUCUUAUUAUUAUGAAUUAUGUCUAUUAUGAAUCCGUCUAAAUGACAUACUUGUUAUAAACUCCAAAGCAUUAUUGGAAAUAGCACAGUACUCUUCAUUACUGUAUUUUCAUACAGUUCCAGUAAUAGAAUUUGAGGAAAGUACACACUUCUGUUAAAAGAAAAUAUUUUUUUCAAACACCUAUAUGUAUUAUCCUUGAAGUGUGGUCUUUAUACUCCACAUUUUCACGUCACAUUACUAUCACAAUUAAUCACAAGAAAAAUGCCAGUUGAGCAAGGCGCAGGACAAGUAUGACAAGCAACCCUUCACGUAGCCAUGCUCUUGGGUGAUGGUUAUUCACAUGUGAUAGAGUAAAGUUCAAAAUGUAGAUGAGCUGAGAAAAUUAACAUUUCUCCCAUUUUAGUCACUAAUGCAGACUGCCGUACUUUUAUGAACUUGGAACUUAAUGUAGCUCUUAACAAAAGAAUGAUAUAAAAAGAAAACUUAGUUUAGUCUUAUACAAAAGAGAGAGCGAGAAAAAAAAGUAAUGUAGUCAUAUAUGCAAAUUACAAAAAUCAUUUUGUCUUAAUAUAAUGUAAUAAAAAAAUAAAAAAAUAGUCAUCUCAUAUCAGAAGAGAAGAAAAGGUUUAUAUAAUCUUCUAACCAAACACAAAACAAAAAAGAAAGAUACUUCCCUAAGUAAAAACAGAAAAAAAAAAACAGCAAUUUAUGUACAUGCACGAUCUCUGCAUUAAUGUGUCUGUAUGUUUCUGUAAAUAGCCAACAGUAAAUAUGAUAUUUCUCAGAUGGAAUACUGGAACCACUGCUUUAAAAUUUUCUGUUUACAAAAACUGAAUAAUUUAAUGAGUCUUAAAUGCCUCCUUUAUAAAAUACAGAGGGUUGAUAUUAUCUCAAUUAUCCUCAUGUACUGUGCUGAUUUCUUUGAUAUUCAAAUUAUGUUCAGUAAGAUCUUCUUCUUCUUCUUCUUCUUCUUCUUCUUCUUCUUCUUCUUCUUCUUCAUUUCCCAAUGCAUAUUCUGUUGAAGUUAUAAGGAAGGGAAAUUUUUAGAUGUACAUAUGGAAUGCUAAAAACAAGAUGGUGAUAAAGUUACAUUUAAUGUAACCUUAAAUAUUGUAUUUAAGCAGCCACACGGCAGUAAUUUUAGGUGGAAAUGGUUACGUACAAAUAUACCUGCCUUCAUAGCAUUAAAUUUUGUUGAAACAUUUUAUAGUUAUUUAAAAAGAAAGGGAAAUGCUUAACAUACAGACUGCAUUCAGAAGUAAAGCAUGUAGGGUUUUAUUUUCCAACUGAAUUAUUUUGGAAUUUUAUGUAACAAAAUAUAUAAUAAUGUGUGUUCACAGGUGUCCUUGUACACUUUUUUUUUGUUCUUGUUGUUGUCACUCACUGAACAGAUAACAAAGAGACCCAAGGAAUGGG